CCUUUUAAAAGGGCCCAGCUUACUUGGGUAGCGGAAGAGCCCAUUACCCGCACUCAGCUAGAUAGACAACGAACUGCAUUUUGGGAGACUGCACCAAGCUACGAGGGUAGAAGAGAGAUCUGGCAAGCACUCCAAGCAGCCUGCACAACUCCGGAUCUUCAUCUCGCUCGUUCAAUUCUCGAUGCAGCAAAUGUCACAUUACCAACUGGAAAUCCCGCUGAAGGAUGCUUUGAUGAGCUGGGUAAUCGCUAUGAGAUUCCUCUUUACUGCAUUGUAAAUCCUUCGAAUCUAGUG